AGUGGCAGGGCCCCCACCCCCGGCUCCUCAUUACCGCCAGCGCCUCCUAAUGAGCCUGGGGGGAGGUGACCCCGCGCCCCCGGCCCGGCCUGCGUCACUGCCCAUGCGGGGGUUGGGAGGCGAUAUAAGGGGGCUGUCCGCGGCCUCCCCAGCCCAUUGCGCGGUGAUGGAGACUCGCCAGGUGUGCGGGAGCCCCCGGGCGCCGCUGCUGCUGCUGCUGCUGCUCCUGCUCGCGCCCUGGGGCAUCCUCACCGCCUCAGGGGUCGCUCUGCCCCCCGCGGGGGUCCUCAGCCCCCGCACCCCCCGCCAGGCCCGGGCCGGUCCGGCUACCCCGGCGUCGAGGCGGAGCCUGGCGCUGGCGGACGACGCGGCCUUCCGGGAGCGCGCGCGGCUGCUGGCCGCCCUCGAGCGCCGCCACUGGCUGAACUCGUAUAUGCACCGGCUGCUGCUGCUGGACGCUCCCUGAGCCGCCAAUAAAGACCGUUCGCCCCGCGCCGCCUCCUGUGCCUCUGUGUGGGGUCUGCGCCGGCCGCUCUUGGCGUCACGCCCCUCCGUCCCCACCCCCUUUUUUAUUUUUAUUUUUUUAUUUUUUGCGGUACCGGGGAUCGAACUCAGGACCUUGCGCUUGCGAGGCAGGCGAGGCGCCACUGAG